CUUGUCCUCGUUGACUCUCUCACGGUUAAAUGCUCUUCUUACCAGUCGGUUAAAUACGGGUUUCGCCUUUUCACCCUUUUGUGCAACGUUUUAGGUCACGGACCGUUUUCUCACCUUUGGGAGUAUUUCAUGAGAAGCGGCGGUCCAAGGUACCAAGAUGUCGCGCACGAAAAAAUGAGUGGCCGAAUUCUUCGGUGGAUUGUUCAACAAAACCCCGACUUGGCUGCUAGCAUAUCUGAGGCAGCCAUUGAUUUGGACCUGGUUUGCGCCUUGAUAGAGGGCAAACCGACUCAAGAACAAUUGAAAUCGCUCAAGGAAAAGUCUUUCAUUUUUGAGCUUCUGUCUAAUUCCACAAAUGGCAUGGACGUCGACAAGUGGGACUACAUCCUGCGGGACUCUUUUUAUCUUGGUUGGGGUCCGGGCUGCAGUACUCUGGAGCUAGAGCGCUUCCUCUGGUUCUACCGCCUUGUCUUCCAUCCAUCAGACGCAUCAACUGACUGUGGAGGGAAGGAGAUGUCUGGUGGUUGGCACAUGUCCUUCCGAGACAGCGAGAUUGAGAACGUAAUGCGCACCUUCAGUCAGCGAUUACACCUCCAUCGUCAAGUCUACACGCACAAGACGUCUAAAGCCGUUGCUGUGAGCCUGGACUCUGUCAUGCAGCUUCGCGAGCUCACCCUGCUCGCGGCCACCUCCGACGACCCGAAGCAUCUGUCGGCCUAUCUCCGGCUCGAUGAUUACGCGAUAUGGGCAAUGGCAACCAACUCCCUCUCCCUGCCUCCCGCACUGCCCUAUAUGGGUAACCAGGAGACGGCGUUCGCCAGGACAACCAAUCUCUAUCGGCGCAUCCAGACGCGACACCUCUACGCAUUCAUAGGCUGUAUUUACUGUGUGUCCUCGAAUGUAGAACCGGAACAGUUGCAGCAGCCAUCGGAGGAGGCGUUCCCCGGCGAGGUCAAACACGUCCCUUUAGCAGAAAUCACCUACCUCGAAAGACCUCCGUCUUGCGAGGGUAUUGAGUCCAAGUAUACUUUCAGUACAAUGGCUUUCGCGAUGGACUCCAAUCAGACGAUAGCAAUUCCUCGCGACGUAGGUUUACGCUGUAUUUCCUUCCGUCUCCCUGACUAUGACAGCUUACAUUUCUGUGGCUGA